AUGACCACCACGGAGAACGCUUUCCCGAUCCCUACUCAGCUGUUCAUCAACGGCGAGUAUACAGAUUCAAGCUCGUCGGAACGGGUUUCCGUCUAUAGUCCCGUCGAUGGGAGCCUCGUUACUGAUAAGCUCCAAUAUGCCGCUGAAGACGAUGUCAAUCGUGCAGUAGCGAGUGCUCAAACUGCGUUUCGCAGCAAAUCCUGGGCAGGCCUUACAGCCAAAGAACGAGGACGGGCUCUGAUGCGCAUCUACCAAGUGAUGCUGGCUCAUAAAGAGGAGCUCGCCUGGUUGGAUCGAGUUACUAUGGGGAAGCCUGUUAACUCUGGACUGGCCGAGGUGCAACUAGCAGCCGAUCUAUUUGAAUACUAUGCUGGCUGGACAGACAAGCAUGCCGGAGAUACCUUUCCCGCCGACGACGGAUUCCUGAAGAUUGUUCAGCACGAGCCUCUCGGUGUAUGUGCUGGGAUUCUCCCCUGGAAUGGCCCACUGGCUCUGAUUGCUGUCAAAACCGCACCGGCACUCGCAACCGGGAAUGUCAUGAUCCUCAAACCUAGCGAGAAAAGCCCCUUGAGUGCGCUCCGAUUCGCAUCUCUCGUCGCAGACAUCCUUCCCCCAGGUGUGGUACAGGUUCUGACCGGCGCAGGUGCUACGGGGGAGCUCCUUGCGCGUCAUCCCCAAAUCCGGAAGAUCAGCUUCACUGGCUCUGGACUGACGGGGAAAAAGAUCCAACGAGCAGCCGCAGAGAGUAACUUGAAGCGUGUGACGCUUGAACUGGGCGGAAAAACCCCGGCAGGCAUCUUCGAAGACUGCAACCUAGAAAACGCCGUCAAGUGGGCGGUAGAUGCCAUCACGAAAAACACAGGUCAGGUCUGCAUCGCUGCGAGUCGCAUCUAUGUACAGGAAAGCAUUGCUGAGGAAUUCGUCGAUGCUUUUGUGAAGAGCAUGAAGGCGGCAGCCGACGGAAUCGGGGAUCCCCAUAGCGCCGAUACGAAAUAUGGUCCGUUGGCGGACCAGGCACAGUUGGCUCGAGUGCAGUCGUUUUUCACCGAGGAUGCGGGCAAAACGCAGGUCUUGGUCGGGGGCCAUCGGCACGGUGAAAAGGGCUGCUUUUUCGAACCCACGGUGCUCUACAACCCCGAUCCGCAGGCAUCUGUGUACAAAAAUGAGAUAUUUGGUCCUGUGGCGUGCGUGCGCACUUUCAAGGAUGAGGAGGACUUCCUUCAGAUGGCAAAUGACACUGAGUAUGGGCUGAACGCCGCGGUCUUCACCAAGGAUAUCAAUCGGGCGCUGAGAAUCAGCUCGCGUCUGGAAAGUGGUACCGUGGGCGUCAACUGCGUCUCUAUGUUGGAUUAUCAGGUGCCAUUUGGAGGGUCGAAACAAUCGGGUUUUGGCCGUGAGUUCGGUCUCUAUGGGCUGAAGUCGUAUACCGAGCCGAAAUCUAUUCUUGUGAAGUAA